AUGCCUCUGCACGAGAAGUACGUCAACACCAUUCUUCCCAAGCAUCCCCGGGACUUCACCCUGGACGAAACCGUCACGAAACUGAAGAAACUGUUCGGUCGACAGAAGUCGGUUUUUAAUUCCCGUUACCAGUGCCUCAAGUAUGCAAAAAGUGACGCGGAUGACUUCACAUCGUAUGCUGCCAUGGUGAACAAACACUGUGAAGCGUUUCAGCUGUCCAAGCUCACACCGGACCAAUUCAAAGCUCUCCGUUUCGUCUGUGGACUCCAAUCACCACGCAAUGCGGACAUACGAGCUAGGUUGAUCUCGAAAUUGGAAGCCGACGAAACCGCAGUCAACGAAUUGGGAGUAGCCACCAGCAAGGUAACCCUGGAGAACCUCGUGGAAGAAUGCCAUCGCGUGACCAAUCUCAAGCAGGACACAUUGAUGGUGGAGAACAAAGAAGCACGCAACGUCAACAUUGUUUCUCGCAACCAGAAUAAUCCUGCCUCAAAAAAGAACCAAAAAGUGCCGAAAACGCCAUGUUGGAAGUGUGGCGACCAGCACUAUGUUCGUGAGUGUCCGUUCGCUUCGCACACCUGUUCCAGAUGCAAGCAACAAGGACACAAGGAAGGUUAUUGCAACAGCAACAAGAAUGCGCCGUCGAAACUGUUCAAACAGGCCAAAUCCAACGAGAACGUGAAGACAAAAAGCAUCUACACGGUUCGCAACAUCGGAAGCAAGCGGAAGUUCAUCCCGAUCGAGCUCAAUGGUGUAGCAGUCAAACUUCAACACGACUCGGCGUCCGACAUCACCAUAAUCUCAGAAGAAACAUGGAUCAGCAUCGGACAGCCACCCACUCAACCGACGGAAGAAUCUGCAGUUACAGCUUCUGGUGGCAAUCUCAACCUUCUCGCUGAGUUCCAGACCGAGAUCACCAUCAAGAAUGUUACCAAGACUGGUCGCAUUUUCAUCUCAAGCAGCGUUGAACUCAACGUUCUAGGAAUCGAGACUAUGGAUCUGUUCGAUUUGUGGUCUGUGCCGAUAAGCAGCUUGGUCAACGUCGUACACCAACGUUCUGAUCAGUUCACCAAUCAACUCAAGCAACAGUUUCCGGAAGUUUUUCGAAGCACGCUGGGUAGAUGCACAAAAGCGCAAGUGAAGUUGUACCUCAAGCCUGACGCACGUCCUGCAUAUUGCCCGAAACGACCAGUAGCGUACGCUGCACUCGCCAAGGUGGACGCAGAACUUGAGAGGCUCCAGCAAAACGGUAUAAUUUCUCCAGUUCAAUUCUCGGACUGGGCAGCACCAAUAGUCGUCGUACGCAAGUCGGACAAUGUAUCAGUCCGUGUCGAGGUCGAGGAGGAAUCGCUAAAGCUACUCACGGUCAACACGCAUCGUGGACUGUUCCAGUAUAACCGACUACACCCCGGAAUCAAGUCGGCACCCGGCGCUUUCCAGCGCAUCAUCCACAGCAUGGUGGCCGGCAUCCCUGGAGUCAAGCCGUAUUUGAACGACAUCCUCAUCGCUGGUCGCACCAAGCAGGAACACGAUCGCAGUCUCUACGCUGUUCUCGAGCAGAUCCGUGAGUAUGGCUUUCACCUACGCCUCGAAAAAUGUCGUUUCGCACUCUCCCAGAUCAAGUUUCUCGGACACCUCGUGGAUAAGGGCGGUAUUCGGCCUGACCCUUCAAAAACAGAAGCCAUUUACAAGAUGCAGAUGUCUCCUAAGGAUGUCCAGCAACUCCGUUCCUACCUCGGUGCUGUCAACUACUAUGGUAGAUUCGUUAAGCAGAUGAAGCAACUCAGGGCUCCUCUGGACAGCCUCCUCAAGAAAGAUGCACGCUGGAACUGGACCAAGGAUUGCCAGAAGUCUUUCGAGCAGCUCAAGGCCAUUCUACUUUCCGACCUGCUGCUUAUACACUACGACCCGUCCAAGGAAAUUGUUGUUGCAGCAGAUGCAUCGAAGUACGGCCUUGGCGCUGUCAUCAUGCAUCGAUUCCCGACCGGUGAAGUGAAGGCAAUUGCGCACGCCUCGCGCUCAUUGACCCCAGCAGAGAUGAACUACGGACAAGUGGAGAAGGAAGCAUUGGCCCUGAUAUUCGCUGUCACCCGUUGCCACAAAAUGCUGUAUGGACGACACUUCCUCCUGCAAACCGAUCAUCAACCGCUACUCAAGGUUUUCGACUCAAAGAAAGGUAUUCCUGUUAACACAGCAAACCGUUUGCAGCGCUGGGCCUUGACACUUCUGCUGUACGAUUUCGACAUCCAACACGUUUCAUCGACGAAUUUUGGCUAUGCAGAUUUUCUAUCCCGGCUAAUGUCAUCGCAGCAUAGACCAGAUGAGGAUUACGUCAUAGCCGCCGUGUGCGUCGAAUCUGAAGCAAAAGCAAUUCUCGACGACACCACCAGCAACCUUCCAGUCACGCACCAGAUGAUUGUGGCUGAGACGCGAAAGGAUCCAGUUCUUCAGCAAGUGUCCAACGGCCAAGCGGAGCGAUUCGUUGAUUCACUCAAGCAUGGCUUCAAGAAGCUAGCCAAGGGGGAAGGAUCAGCCACACUGGAGCACCUGCAGACAUUCCUUUCGGUGUAUCGUUCAAUCCCAAACCGAAAAACACCGCAGUCAACGUCUCCAGCAGGAGCAUUCCUUGGAAGACCAGUGCGCACCACUUUGGACCUACUGAAGAAACCUGUUCCUGUAACUGAAGCUGUCAAGAACCACAAACAAAACGAACAGUUCAAUUGGCGGCAUGGAGCAGUCAAGCGCGAGUUUGAAGAAGAUGACCUGGUCUACGUUGAACAGCAUCGCAGAAACGCCAAGUCCUGGAUUCCUGGUCGAGUCAUCGAACGAAAAGAUUCCGUCAACUAUAUCGUUGCACUGGACAUCAACGGGAGACCGAAGCUGGUGAGGUCGCAUGUAAACCAAAGGCGCCCUCGUCACACUUCUGAUGAUCCAGAGCAAGUGACGCAGCAACUACCAUGGGAAAUCCUGCUUGAUGAAAUUCAAGAUGAAGCUGUACCUUUGGAUCCAGAAGUGCCAUUCAAUCAAGAUGUCCCUAUUCCUAUUGGUUCCGUAUCACUCAAAGCUGAUGGUCAAGUGGCAAGACUAAGUCACAUCGAAAUGCAACCGCCACUGCUGUCAUCGUCUUCGGUACCGGCACGGAAAACCAUUAACAGCGACACUCUUCAACGAUAA